GGAGUUCCUGAAGGCCCGGGGGGGGGGGGGACGACGACGGUGGACUUGAAUCAGGAACCCUGCACUUCAGGGAGCAGAGUUUUGGUCUUCAGCCACACCGGCAGGGCGCACACGGCGCGUCCGUAAGACCAUCCGGACUAACGCGGGUUUACUCCAGCUGCUUCUGCGGGUCCAGCGAGCCCCUGCGGGAAGUGAAGCCGGAGAGUCUUGCAGAGCUUGUGGGCGGUUUGCGUUCUUCAGCUCUUGGCCCUGCGCGGCCGCCGUAGGGAGGGGGAGUGAGUACGGUGGCCGCAGGGUGGCGACCGUGGGGCGGCCGGUCGCGGGUCCGCCAUGGGCAAUCUGUUCGGCCGCAAGAAGCAGAGCCGGGUCACCGAACAAGACAAGGCCAUCCUGCAACUGAAGCAGCAGCGGGACAAGCUGAAGCAGUACCAGAAGAGGGUCACACAGCAGCUGGAGCGUGAGCGGGCACUGGCGAGGCAGCUGCUGCGGGACGGCAGGAAGGAACGGGCCAAGCUGCUGCUCAAGAAGAAGCGGUACCGGGAGCAGCUCCUGGACCGAACAGAGAACCAGAUCAGCAGCCUGGAGGCCAUGGUUCAGAGCAUUGAGUUCACCCAGAUCGAGAUGAAGGUGAUGGAGGGGCUGCAGGUGGGAAACGAGUGUCUGAACAAGAUGCAUCAGGUGAUGUCUAUUGAGGAAGUGGAGAGGAUCCUAGACGAGACGCAGGAAGCUGUGGAGUACCAGAGGCAAAUAGAUGAGCUGUUGGCCGGAAGCUUCACACAGGAGGAUGAGGACGCCAUCCUGGAGGAGCUGAACGCGAUCACUCAGGAACAAAUAGAGCUCCCAGAGGCUCCUUCAGAGCCCCUUCCUGAGACACAUCCAGAAAAAGCCCCUGUCAAGGUCAGGCCCAGGCAGGCAGACCUGGUGGCAGCCUCCUAACUCAACUGCUCACAGGACUUGGGGGCUCCCCAGGACUGGCCCAGAGAGUCUGGGUUGGUGGCCAGCGUGGAUUGUGCUGCUGGGCGGAGCUGCGGCUCAUGUGGGCUCGAGCAUCGGGGACGGCUCAGGAGCGGCUCCCUCGCUGUUCAGGCUGAGUCCUGGCAUGGCUGUCUUGCUCUCAUUUCUGGAUUAAAUGGCAACGUGCAAACCCUUGGAGGCCAUGGUUCCGCAAUGGCCACGGCCUGGACCUGCUGCUCCUGGUGCUGUUCACUGCUGCCCCAGACCCCAGUGGCCUGUGCUCUCCCGAGGGGAAGGUGCCAGCUGGCCUUGAGGUCCCUAUGCUUUUUCACUUCUUUGUUGCUCCCAUUAGCUGGUGAUGGGCUGGUAAAGGCUCCCGUCUUGCCUGACAUCAGUUUCCCUGCAGGGUAGGGGCAGAACCCCUAGGAACCUGCAUUUGCUGACCCUCCCAGUACCUCUGCCUUGGCACCCAGACUCAAGCUUCUGUCAUUCAGGGGAGGUGGGCCAGAGGCCAUCCCUGCUGGACUGACGAUCACAGGAGUCCCAGCCUCACCCUGUCACCGUGGGUCUGUGCACCGUGGCUCGGCCCUGCUGAGGAAGGACACCUGAAGGGGGUAGCAAGACCCGGCUCUGGCAGGUGUGGCCUCAUCUUGUGCCCAUGGGAGUCCUGCACCCCCCACCCACCAGCUCUUGAGCCACCAACAGCCAGGACAGGAGGCACACAGCCUGGAAGACUCCUCGAACAUGGCGCUUACUUUGUUGGACAAUCUCACUGGUGUCUCACUGGCCUGUGAGAAGCACGAGGGCAGUGGCCCAAGAGAGCCCUACACACCUGCAAGGACACCAGGAACAGCAGGGAGUCUCUUCCUUAUCCUAAGCAGGUCAACCCAUGUAUUAAAGGUGGCCCUUGCACGGCCUGUGGCCUCGUGGACUUGGCA